AUGGUAGUGACAAAGCAAGAGAACCAAACAGAAAUAACAGAAUUCCAUUUAGUAGGAUUUGUAGGACUCGGAGAUCUGCAAGUUCCUGUCUUCUGCCUCUUCUUACUUAUCUACCUUGUUACCAUGGUUGGGAACAUCCUCAUCAUUUUGCUCGUUGUUAUUGAUCCUCAACUUCACACCCCCAUGUAUUUGUUCCUUAGUAACCUCUCUUGCCUGGAAAUCUGUUACAGUUCUAACAUCCUUCCAGGGAUGCUGGCUAGCAUCUUGUAUGAUGGGCGGAGAACAAUAUCUGUAAUUGGCUGCAUAUUGCAACAUUGUCUUUUUGGUCUUUUGGCAGCUACUGAGUGUUGUCUCCUAGUGGCAAUGUCCUAUGAUAGGUAUGUAGCGAUCUGUAAACCACUGCAUUACACCAUUCUAAUGAACAAUAGAGUUUGCCUCCAGCUUAUAGCUGGAUCAUGGAUAUGUUGUUUAAUAAUUAUGAGCAUAAUUUUAUAUUUAAUGGAUCAGUUAAAGUUCUGUGGCCCUAAUGAAAUCAAUCAUUUCUUUUGUGAAAUGCAUCCAAUAUUAAAGAUAGCGUGCAGUGAUACUCACUUGAUUGAACUUGUAACUAUUUCUUUAUCCGCUUUGUGUAUCUUGUUUCCUUUCUUCUUAACUUUGGCUUCUUAUAUUUUCAUUAUUUCCACUAUAAUGAAAAUGUCGUCUGUCAGUGGGAGGAAAAAAGCUUUCUCAACUUGUUCCUCACACCUCAUGGUGGUGUCUAUUUUUUAUGGCACAAUGAUCAUUGUCUAUGUGUUGCCCAAAACAGAUGUUUUGCAAAAUAUCAACAAAGUCUUGUCUCUGUUUUACACUAUCAUGACCCCUUUGUUCAAUCCCCUGAUAUAUAGCCUAAGAAACAGGGAGGUAAAAGAGGCUCUUAGAAAAGCAGUUGAAAAGUUAUCUUUUUCUUUGACAUGUCAUUUUCUUUGA